AUGUCAUUCAAUUGGAAGGGCCUCCUUGGCGUCAAUCAGACCUCGGCCUCUCCUUCGACUGCGUCACCCACAACAACUGGUUCACAGGAUGCUUCGGCUUCUUCCAGCGCCGGUGCCGCUUCCCACGUCGCAACCAAUGGCACCGCUUCUCACACCCCAGCCAGCGCAUCAGCAGCGAGUCCUUAUGCGAUGCGUCCACCACUCAACUCCAACCCUUACUCUGUGACACAGCCAUCUGCCGCACCGGUCGCGCUCUUUGGCGCCAUGAUCCCAGGCUCCAACUCCCAUCACAGCACCAGCUUCAUUCCUUCAUCUACCUCCACAAAUCAAUCAUCGAUCCUCUUGCGCAAACCCUCCGAGAUCCCAAUCAACUCAGCAGAAGGAGGCGGCUACCUUCUCGGAAUGGAAAAUUUUGGCAAUACCUGCUACGUCAACUCGAUGCUUCAGUCCCUCUACUUUUGUCGUCCCUUCCGGGAUUCGGUCCUCAGCUACAAGCAUCCAUCCGGUCGAGACCGUUCCGAGUCCGAUCCAGGCAAUCAGGACAGCGGCUCGAGCGUGACGGAUUCAGUGCCUCGCACACCACCAGACCAUGCUCCGGAUACAGUCGAUGGCAUACCACCUCCAGAUACACUCUUUGCAGCUUUGCGCGAUCUCUUCGAGGUCAUCCAGCAAUCUGGUAACCAGAAGGCGCUCUCCUCACCAACAACACUCACUUCGACUGGCUCACUACCGGUCGCGAGUCUUAUGUCGCCCUCUCCCCCCAGCUUGACUGAGCAGCCUCCCGUCAUGAGAAAGACAUCCAUCCUCGGUCGUCCUUCUGUGGCGAGCGGCACUGCUGGCAGAGGAGGCGCCGGUAACCAUGUUGCUACCCCACCUGCUGCCAACUCGGGCGCAGCCACAGCACAGGCCAUCCCCAUCACUCCUGGCUCCACCGCGAGCGCAGGACAUCCCAACCUUUCCAUAUCCACCAGUUCAACAGGAACACUCGCCUCGGGCUACCCUGCCGUCGACUCGAGUGCGGUCAAGGCAUUCCUCGGCACACUCAAACGCGAGAAUGUUCUCUUCGAUAGCACCAUGCACCAAGAUGCGCACGAGAUGCUCAACUUUGUGCUUAACAAGGUUGGAGAGGAUCUCAUCCAGGCCGACAAGGCAAAAGGGCGUGUCAAGAUGCAGAGCCGCAACCCUUACCUGAAUCUCGGGUCCGGCUCCCACAAGACCGUCGAUGGGCACAGCAAGCACAGUGUCAUGCAAGUGGGUCCCAACGGCAAUACUUGUGUUCAUCGUCUCUUUGAAGGUGUCUUGACCAACGAGACACGCUGUCUCACCUGCGAGACCGUCACCUCCCGAGACGAAUGCUUCCUGGAUCUUUCCAUCGACAUUGAGAAGAACUCAUCCGUCACAUCCUGCUUGCGUCAGUUCUCGGCAUCCGAAAUGUUGCGAUCAAGGAACAAGUUCUUCUGCGACUCGUGCUCCGGCUUGCAAGAGGCCGAAAAGCGCAUGAAGAUCAAGAAGCUUCCCAACGUGUUGGCUCUGCAUCUCAAGCGCUUCAAGUACGAAGAGUCGGUGCAGCGAUAUGUCAAAUUGGCUUAUCGUGUCGCCUUUCCGCAAGAGCUCAGACUCUUCAACACGUCGGACGAUGCAGAGGAUCCCGAUCGACUGUACGAGCUUUGUGCCAUAGUGGUGCAUAUCGGCGCUGGUCCCCAUCACGGCCACUACAUCGCUGUAGUCAAAGUCGGCAACCGCUGGGUGCAAUUCGAUGACGAUGUCGUCACAUACAUUGACGAGUUCGAGAUCACAAAGUACUACGGCGACCGACCUGGCCUUGGAAGCGCCUACGUCCUUUUCUACCAGGCUGUUGACCUCGACUUUGGGGAUCUUGGCCUCAAAGACCCUGCUCUCGAGGCUCAGAUCCAACAAAGAGUUGACGCCAGCGCCGCCAGUGAAAGCAGAGGCAGGGAUGGACUCAAGCUGCCAGAGUUGGCUGACCCACGUAACAACCUGCCCUCGCCCGACCGAAGCGGCGCUGCAGCAACUGCCAAUCGACCGCGUCUCGAUUCAGUCACUGAAGCAAGCCCCCUCGACACUUUGGGUGCAAGUCAGUCGGAAUCGAGUGGAAAUGGCUGGUUCGGAUCGUUCCGCAACCGUGAGAAGCGAGCCAGUAGUCAGUCCAAGCGUAGACCUAAGACCACCUCCGCGGUGGAUUCUGUCAUUGGCGGUGUGCCUGCUCUGCCAAGCUCGGCAACGUCCGGCGAUCUGGCAAAGAAUGGAGUGACAGAGACGGACGGCUUGACACCAGACAAUGCUUCGGUCUCGACGCACUCUACCAGCGCGAACGAUGGCACCUCUCGUGGAACACCCGCGGUCGCGUCCUCGUCCAUCACGCCCUUGACCGACUACGCCGGAUCCGCAUCCAUGCACGCUCCACAGACUCAUUCAUUGGGUGUGAAUGCCGCUGUUGAGGCUGGCCUAUCGCCUGUACGCAAUGGUCCAUCAGUCAUCGAUAUGAGCACGCACUCGACGACCACUACCGAUGGAAACACGACGAGGGCAACAACAGAGUCACCCAACGAGUCCAAGUAUGGACGCAUGAUCGCCAACCAGAACGAUGCAGCUACGAACCGCGAGAUGCGCGAGCAAAACCUGAUGCGAGGUGUUAUGAAGCGUCGAGCUCGUGCCGCUUCCGAGGGCUUUCCUUCCGCCGGCAGGUUGUCAGAGGCGCCGUGGGGUUCCAAUGGUCGAUCACUUGCGCAUGGAGGAACGCUGGUCGCUGAGAACGAGAAAGGUCGUCACGCGGUUGUGACACCGUCGGCCAUUGACACAAGCGUGUCAUCGGUAUCAACCUCAACAUCGCCACAGCGCGAAGGUUCGUCCGGACCAUCGUUCGCACCUCUCGGAAGACUAUUGUCCUCCAGCAACCAAAAGGCAAACGUCAAGAAUGCACGCAGAGCAUCUUCGAGCUACACGCCCAUGUCGCCAGCCACGGACAAAGGCGAGAAGAAGGAAAGCAUGCUUUCCAACCUGUUCUCCUCUUCAUCAUCUUCGGCGGCACAGUCGAAGCGCAACCCCAUUCAGCAGGUGCCAAAUGGUGCAACAACGAACGGCACAGGCACGGAUGAAGGGCAGCCAUCCCGCAAGCCGAGUCUGUCGACCCGCACGCUGAGCAAGACGUUUGGGUUUGGUCGCAAGCAGACUUGA